GGGAGCUUCGCCUCGGGUCGCCUCAGGCGUUCCUCGCGGCGCGGGGAGAGCGGCCCCGCGGGAGGCGCGUCCCCUCCCGCUCUUUCCUCGGCGUUUCUGGAACCGCCGCCGGCGCCGCCGGUGCCUCCGCCGCCAUCAUGCAGGAGCUCAUCGCCAGCGUGGAUCACAUCAAGUUCGACCUGGAGAUCGCGGUGGAGCAGCAGCUCGGGGCCCAGCCGCUGCCCUUCCCGGGCAUGGACAAAUCGGGUGCUGCUGUCUGUGAUUUUUUUUUAAAGGCGGCAUGUGGGAAAGGAGGGAUGUGCCCCUUCCGGCACAUUAGUGGCGAGAAGACGGUGGUUUGCAAGCACUGGCUACGAGGGCUGUGCAAGAAAGGCGAUCAGUGUGAAUUCUUACAUGAAUACGACAUGACCAAAAUGCCAGAGUGCUACUUUUAUUCAAAAUACGGAGAAUGCAGCAACAAAGAGUGCCCAUUCUUGCACAUUGACCCAGAAUCUAAGAUCAAAGAUUGCCCUUGGUAUGACCGAGGUUUUUGCAAACACGGUCCCCUCUGCAGACACAGGCACACACGUCGUGUGAUUUGCGUGAAUUACCUGGUGGGUUUCUGUCCAGAGGGGCCAGCUUGCAAAUUCAUGCACCCUCGAUUUGAACUCCCCAUGGGAACCACGGAGCAACCACCACUGCCUCCACCAACACAGCCACAACAAAAGCAAAACAACAAUCCUCCAUUACAAAGAUCAUCAUCCCUCAUCCAAUUAACAAGUCAGAACUCUUCUCCUAACCAACAGAGGACCCCACAGGUCAUUGGAGUUAUGCAGUCUCAAAACAACAGCAUAGCGAACAGAGGUCCUCGGCCCUUGGAGCAGGUCACCUGCUAUAAGUGUGGUGAAAAAGGACAUUAUGCCAACAGAUGUACCAAAGGACAUUUGGCCUUCCUUAUUGGACAGUGAGCCAGAAGACCGUAUGGCACUUUUAUUAUUAUGGGAGCCGAGUUAUGCUGAGCGCCAUCUUGAACUGGUGAUCCACCUUUUUAAAUGCGUAUAACCAAAAGGGCCUGGCCAACUGGGGACUACUGAUCAACGUUUUUGGCAUUUCAUUAUUUGUUUUACUCUUUUCGAGACAGUGGUGCCUGCCUUCAUUCCAAGAAUGCAGUGAGGAAGCAGGUCGAAGACAAAUGUGAAUAUACAAGCCUUCUUUAAUGCAAUAUUUGGAAUAGGCACUUUUGUACUAAUACACUUGGCCUUGAAGUCUU